CCUCACCCAUUUCCACCCCCUACAACGCGCCAAUUCGCCCUCAUCAGGGCUCAAUCAGGAUUAUCCAGACGCCGCAAUGAGCGUCUGCCGGCCAGCACGAUGCCUCUUCGCAAAGACCUCCGCCGCCGCCCUCCCUAAACCCUCCUCUCAAUGCCGCGCCUUCACCACCACCCCCUCGCGGCCCGCCCGUCGCCGCCCUCACUACCCUAGUGUCAAAGCCGCCGACAUGGCCUAUCUAAAGGAACAGGCUGCUACAAAAUACCCCGACUACGCCCCCGCCGACGAAGCUCUCCUGUCGCAGAAAUACACGCCGAGCCAGCUCGCCGCUAUCCAAGCCGCCGAAGCCACCAUUGACCCGCGCGACCUGACGCUGCAAGGCAAGAAACGCAACGACCCCUGGAAGCUACCCUACGAAGAUGACCUGAGCCACGUCGACGGCGUGAUCGACCACGCGGAGAAGCUGCACGGCCCGCCGGGGCGAAGCAAGCGGGCGAGCGCGCGGGAAGCCAGCGAGGCAGAGCGCGAAGCCGCCCUGGCGCUCAUCGUCAACGAGCAGCUGGCGAAGAUGUACCCAGACGGGUUCCCCGCGAACCCCACGCCCGAGGAGGAGUACCGGAAGGAGGAGGCGAUCCACACGGCGAUCCAGCAGGCGUAUCUCGACCCGCGGACGAGCUUCUGGUCCGACGAUGCGGCGGCGUGGAACUCGCUCGCGGACCCGCGGCACUCGGCCAUCAUGCAGGAGCUGCCUCGCAUCGACAGCAAAGUGGUGCAGGCGACGGCGACGUUCGAGGGCCAGGAGGUCGUCGACGAGCGCCAGCAGCGGUUGCUGCAUCAGCUGGGCUGGCCGCAGGACACGAAUCUCCGGCAGAGGGGCUUCCUGCACAAGGCGAUUGUGCAGCAUUUCGUCUCGAAUUACACGCGGCUGGGCAAGAUUGCGAGUUUCUACGUCUUGACGAUUGCGGGGAACCAGAAUGGGCUGCUGGGGGUGGGUGAGGGCAAGGCGGUGGAUUCUGAGGAGGCAAUGGCGGCGUCUAUCAGUAAUGCGUAUAAGAACAUGAAGCCGAUCCCGCGCUACGAGAACCGCACGAUAUUUGGCGAUAUUGAGAAGAAGCUUGGGGCUGUGCGGGUGCAAUUGCAGGCCAGACCGCCGGGAUUCGGCGUCCGCACCAACCACCUCAUCUUCGAAAUCGCCCGUCUCGCCGGUAUCAAAGACCUCGCCGCGCGCGUCCCCCGCUCGCGAAACAAGAUGAACGUUGUCAAAGCUACCUGGGAGGCCCUCACGGCACAAAAGCUACCAGAGGACAUUGCGCGCGCUCGGGGAAAGAAACUCGUAGACGUCCGGAAAGUGUACUACGGUGGAUCAAUAGGCUAGAUGUGUAGGAGACCUGUACUAUAUAUGAAGCGUUAAGGAAGAGGGGGAAAGCAUGUUGCAUGUACCAUAUUCGCAUCAUAGGCGCAUGGCUGUGUACUAUUGGAUCUGUAGACAUUUCUACCCCAAACAACUUUGUAUACCGCCUGAUUCU